CGAUCCGCUCAACAAGAACAACAGCAGCCACAGACAUGAAGUUCCAAGCUCUGUUCUUUCUUCUGAUCCUCACCUGCAUGUACCUGAGCCUGGCACAAGGCUCGUACGGCAACUGCUGCCUCGGCCACGUUACAGGGAUGAAGGCGAACGUAAAGAGAAACAUUGAAAGUUACAGGAUGCAGGAAACAGAUGGUGAUUGCAACAUCAGAGCUGUUGUGUUCCUGAUGAAGAAGAAGCCGUUGCAUAAAACUCAGAAGACUCGCUGUGCUGAUCCAAAUCAGGGUUGGGUCCAGGACGUGAUUCGCGCUGUCAUUGCGAGGAAUCAGAUUUAGACGACUCAAAGGGGAGAAACAAGAGAAGAAUGGGGCAGAGAAGAGCAGAUGUUUCUCCUCCUUGUCAGGCAUCAUAUAUCACCUUUAACCACCGAGAUUAUGUUUCACUAGAUUUGGUAUUUCCUGUGCUGGCAGAGAAUGUAAAUGUACACAGUUCACUAUAAUACGAACACAUUUAGCCACAGCUAUGAUUCUGUGCCAUGCUCUGUGACAUGUCGCACGUGCACCUGAAUGAGCCUCUGUUUGGCAGCUUUGAAAUCUAUUUUGCCGUGUGUUUGUGCGCAUGUGCAUAAAUAUGUGUUAUGUAUAUGUACAACCAAAUUGGGGAUUAGCUAAGAGUUUUUUUUAUAUGACAGAUUUCCAUAUUUUUAUAUCAGCAUUGUAAUUGUACUUUGUGUCUUUCUGUAGCAAAUAAAGAAAAGAAAGCAGA